ACUCGCGACCCGUUCGCCCAUCUCUCUCCUCUGAAGAGUCCCCAGCUGAGCUGGAAGAUCGGAAACGAAGAGUUCUCGAACGGAACGGGCGGAGUCCUAGUUCAUCUUAUUAUUCCUCCCCUGCAUCAAGCCCUUCACCGUCUCAAUUCCCUGCACCGCCAGACCAUUUCCAGAAUAGUCGCCGUUCACUUUUGUCUCAGCUGGGAUCAGGAUCACGUUCGCCAAGCCCAACAGACACAAUACAUAGCCCAGCAGCAGUGCUGUCCAAUCCCUAUCCAAGCCCCAACAUGCUCUCUGUACACCGUCCAGAAGCCAUUUCACUCCCUCGUAAACCGCCAUCUGUGCGUGCAGACUCUCCAGCGAGUCUGUACUCGACAUAUUCCUUCUAUCAACUCGAUAACGGAAGCUCAGGCUCAAGUCCUUCAUCAUCUCACUUCCCACCAGGAGCUCAAUCACAACCCAACCCCGUCCCUCAGCCAACCAGCCAACCACCCCCUCCAACAACCACUCCAGCACCCAAAUCCCAAGCCGACUAUCUCCAACUAGGUAUAACCCACCACGAAGCAAACAGACUGACCGAAUCCGCCUCAUGUUUCGAGAAGAGCGCCAUGAUCGACGGAGGCUGCGGAGUGGGGAUGCUCAUGUGGGGGUUGACACUGCGACAUGGAUGGGGGUGCCCGAAGAACGAGAAGACGGGGUUCAGCUGGCUGAGGAAAGCGGCUGAGCUUGCGCUAGGCGAACUCGAACAUCAGCAGGGUAUGAGCGGGAAAGAAGAGAUCAAGAGUGAGCUGGUCCUCGCGAUAUAUGAAGUUGGGCAGUGUUUCUUUCAUGGUUGGGGAGUGGCUAAGGACCAGAAGAUGGCUGUGAACUACUAUACAACUGCUGCCCGGUUAGGAGACCCUGAUGCUCAGAGUGAUUUGGCGUUCUGUUUGGCCAACGGGAAGGGAUGCAAGAAGGACAGGAAGGAGGCGGCGAGGUGGUAUAGGAAGGCUGUCGCCCAAGGACAGAGCGAUAUCGGCCUAGCGUGGAUUUACAAGGAAAAGUUUCAGUAGCGCUUGCUAGUUAUAUUAUUAUUGCAUGUGUGUACCCCUGGAACAUUCUCUUUUCUUUUUGUCUUCUUGCUGCAAUGUAAUAUUUCCGUGCAUGGAUACUGCUUAUACACACCUUCACUUUCAGUACGCGAAUGUAGUUCGAUUGUCUGAAAAACUUUCGGCAACGUACUAGUCUCAUAAGCCUGAUUCAAUUCCACAUAUAACCUGGACUUGGGCCGACUUCAGGGUGCAUAGCCGCACCUCUGCAGGUGAAAGAGCCUGGCUUG